ACUGAGUACCGACCAUUAGAUCGAUCGUACUGAUCUCCCUUUUUUAGUCCCUAACGAAAUUAAUAUCUAAUUUGAUUGAUGUAAAUAGUUUUCCUUUGAUGAACACUGGAAACUCAAAACCUCUCAUAGAUCGGAAUUCUGCCCCAAAUCAAAUUCUAUAUUGUAGACCUAAACCUAAUUGUGGCAGCUGGUUGUCCACUAUCUUUAAUUAUUAUCGAAUCAUCUCUACCGAUCUAAACUCUCUUUAAACCUCUUUUUUUUUUGCCCCUUAUAACACUAAAGUAUUUUAUAUGCACGUGACAUUGCAUUCAUGCUCUCCACCAAGUUUCAUCGGCGGUCGAAGUCUCAUACAUUUUGUUUCGGCAGUUUCUGCUGAUUCUGCGGCGAUUUUGAUAGUUCCAGACUGGCAUUUGAUUUUACGCAAUCAUUUUGGUUGUUAAGCUUCUUGGCUUGUCUGGAUUGCUGUGCUGGAGUUUGGAGGAUGAUUAUUAUUGUUCUUGCUUAUUGAUAUUGUCUUAUUUGACAAAGUCCAAUUAUAAGAGGUGCAAAGUAUUGGAAUCGAUCUUUAUGUACUUCUUGAAUCCCAUGUUUUGUUUUUGGAUACUGUGGAGGCUGCAUUAGUUUGGAGAGAAAGACAUGACUUUGGUUUCAACUAAAGAAUCAACGAAAACUGCCCAUCCAAAGUCCCUUUUAUCUAUUGUUGCUUCAGUGGGAGGACUUGCCUUGUUCUUAAUUAUUGCUUCAACCCUAUUGGUCUCACAACCCAUUGGCUCUACAAUCCGUGGGUUUUUCUAUGGUGUUGAUAGCUUGGCAAAGAUCGAUCCAGAGUUCUCCCUCGGUAGCUCAGUUUCUGAGUCCAAUCACACUGUCCAUCCAUUUGAAGGUUUACUGAAAAGAAAUCUAACAGUUCCAGAGAACCGUGGACCUGAAGGUUUUACUCAGCAUGGUGAUAAGGAAUCUGUGAAAUCUGGUGGAGCUGAUGGCAAUGGACCUGUGAUAGAAAACAAUGAGCCUCCUAUAUCACGGAAUGAGGAUGAACUGUCAGAUUCAGGAUCAGCAGAAUCCAAGAAUCUGAAGCCCAACCCUCCACUUGCGAAGGUAACUCAAAAAGAUGAUGGGAAUAGUUCAUCUUUCUCUCAUACUGCGUCUCAGGAAAAUGCACCUUUGUCCUCCACUAAUUUGCAAACAGAAUUGAAGAAUGUGGAGUCUACUUCUUCUGCCACCAAUUCCAGUCAAUCUAAUCAUGUUGAUUCAGGUUGUGAUCUUUAUGAUGGAAAAUGGAUUUAUGACUCAACUGGACCCUUGUACACAAAUAAUUCUUGUCCUGUACUCACUCAGUCGCAGAAUUGCCAGGGGAAUGGAAGGCCAGACAAAGAUUAUGAGAAUUGGAGAUGGAAACCUUCACACUGUAACCUCCCUAGGUUUGAUGCGAAGAAGUUUUUGGAGUUAAUGAGAGGAAAAACAUUAGCUUUUAUUGGUGAUUCAGUUGCUAGAAAUCAGAUGGAGUCAAUGCUCUGUAUCUUGUGGCAGGUUGAGGUUCCUAAAAAUAGAGGUAAUCGGAGGAUGCAACGCUACUAUUUCAGAUCUACAUCCACAAUGAUUGUUCGUAUAUGGUCCUCUUGGCUUGUCCACCAAACACCCGAACCGUUCGACUUUGCUCCUGCUGGAGUGGUUAAGCUCCAUCUGGAUGCACCUGAUGAGCACUUCAUGGACUAUAUCACGGAUUUUGAUGUGAUUGUCCUCUCCUCCGGCCACUGGUUCGCCAAGCAGUCGGUUUAUAUACUGAACAACGAGAUUGUAGGAGGACAACUGUGGUGGCCAGACAAUUCAAGAAAAAAGAAGAUUGACAGCAUCGAAGCUUUUGGAGUAUCUGUUGAGACAGCUCUUACUGCCAUGGGCACGCAUCCAAACUACACUGGUCUUACCAUCGUCCGUAGCUUUUCACCUGAUCAUUACGAGGGUGGAGCCUGGAAUACUGGAGGAUCUUGCACUGGAAAGGUUCAGCCUGCCUCGGAAGGUGAAUUAGUUGAAAAUGGUUUUACCAAUAUAAUGCAUGAGAAGCAGGUGACGGGGUUUAACCGUGCAAUAAAGAAAAAGACUAACAAAUCCAAAAUUAAAUUAAUGGAUAUAACACGAGCCUUUUCAUAUCGCCAUGAUGGACAUCCAGGUCCAUAUCGAAGUCCGGAUCCGAAUAAGAAAACUACACGAGGCCCAGACGGUAGGCCCCCGCCACAGGAUUGCUUGCACUGGUGCAUGCCAGGUCCAGUCGACACAUGGAAUGAGCUGGUAUUUGAAAUUAUAAGCAGAGAAUUCGAUGAUACACAGUAAUUCGUCUUCUUAUUUGUUGUAACUAGCAGAAUUGUUGGGCUUUUGAUAAAAUACCUUUCUUAUUUGCUUGAUCAGCCGGCAUUAGAUAAUAUAUUGCAAGUAAUGGGCAAAAUGAGGGCAUGCUAGGUUACUUUAUACUUCCUUAUCCGAGGGAAAUCACUGCGACAGCACCCAUUAUAAUUGUAAGCUUACACUUCCCUUCAAAUGUAACAACUGAUUCACGGUAGUCCAUAGGUAUAUGUUGUCCUGAAGAGCAAAAACUGUAGUUUACUUAUUUUAUUUCGAGCCUUUUAUGCUUAUCAGCUACCUUGAUUUCUA